AUGCCACAAGUUAUUGAUUCACUUGCUACAUUUGUAGAUGAAAUUGGUUUAAUAUCAAAAGAUAAAUUUAUGUUUGGAAUGAUGAGUGAUGAUAUUAAUGAUGCAACACGCAUUGUUGGUACACCUACAUUUCUUAUUAAUGGUGUGAGCACAAGUGCUGGUUCAUCAUGGUCAUUAUCAGACUGGAAAUCUGUUAUAGAUGCAAUUUUAGCAACAAAUGAAAAUACUUCAUCGAAAGUCAAAGAUUGUCCUUCUAGACAAACUGAAUGUAAUUAUGCUCUACAUAAAAGCUGA